UUGCGUCCGCUCCCUGAACCUGGGAGCAGUCCGCUUGGCGGACUCUCAGGUUCCCGCGGGUCUCCGGGAAGAUGACGGUGUCCUGCGCGCCGUAUGUCGCCUGUUGCUUUCACCCCGAAAAGCGCUUUUCUUGGCGCCUGGUCGGGGUCCUUCUGGUGGCCCCAGUGCUCCUGCUCUCUCUGAACUCCGAUGCCUGUGGUGAGCCACCAAAAUAUGAAAAUAUGUUCCUCAAGAGUCCCCUUAAAAAAUAUUAUGAAGCUGGGGAGGAUAUACGGUAUCAGUGUCUCCCAGGAUACAUAGCUAUGAGCUCUGUCGUGACUUACUGUGAGCAAAAUCACUCAUGGUAUCCUAUUGAAGAAGCUUGUUACAAGAAAGAAUGUACAACUCCAAGACUCGAAAAUGGCGAAGUGUAUGCCCCAAAUUAUUCCUUUCAAUUUGAAAAUUCAGCUUACUUUUAUUGUAAUGAGGGUUAUUACUUAUCUGGAAAACAAGCUAUAAUUUGUCACCGUCGUGGAGAUGAUGUGUAUUGGGGUGAUGAAUUUCCAACAUGUCAUAAGAUUUACUGUAAUCCGCCUAAAAAAAUAAAAAAUGGAAAAUACAGCAAUAGUCACAGAACUCUAUUUGAAUAUAAUGAAUUAAUUACUUUUACUUGUAAUCCUUCAAAUGGACCAGAUGAAUUUUCACUUGUUGGAGACAGCCAACUUAUUUGUAUUGACGAUAACAAGUGGAGUAAUAGCCCUCCUCAGUGUAAAGUGGUCAAAUGUGAAUAUCCAGUAGUUGAACAUGGAAGAAUGGUAUCAGGAAUCAAAAACAAAUAUUCCUACCAAGCUACAGUUCUAUUUGAAUGCCUCCCAGGCUUCUAUCUGAAUGGCAGCAACCCAGUGUUCUGUGGUGGGAAUAGUACUUGGGAGCCUGAGAUGCCAAAAUGUAUCAGAGGUUUCAAACCUACUUAUCCUACCAAACCUCCAGUUUCAAAGUACCCAGGCUAUCCCGAGCCCAGUGACCGACUAACACUUGAAGACUUUGAGGAAUUAGAUGCAGGCAUCAUUGCUGUGAUUGUUCUUACUCUUCGGUUUCAGUAAAACUGAUGGGAUUAAACUUAACAUUACUGAGGGGUAAGAUUUACAAAGCACCUCAUUAACUUUAUCUUUGUUUUUAAUUUAUAAAACUGAAAAAAAAAAGG